CAGCAGGAAGAAGCGCACAGCUGACCCGUACAAUGAACACGGGAACGUUUAAGUGUGUGUUUUAGCCACAAAAAGAAGAAUCACCCGUAUUUGUAACUGAUUCACAGCUAAGCUAACUAAAAUACUGUACUGGUGAUUUGUGACGGGGUGAAAACAAGAAAAACACCCAAAGAGCGAGGAUGUUGGUCCCCGCGGGAAGAUAAUGAAGAGGCUGCGUGUUGUGCUGGUGUGCCUCAUUGUAGCUCUCCUGUGCUGGAACCCCAGUCAUCAUGUGUAUUGUUCGGAGCAGAGCCUGUCUGGCCCGGGUCAGUCUGCUGGGCACACCGACCCGGACGAGAAGGAGCACGAGCAGGACCUCACACAACAGAAGGUGGAGGAGGAAAGGACAAUACACACAUCAUACAAAGUUGGACUGGAGACGGAGAGAGCAACACUAGAGGAACCAAUAGCACACAGUGAAACCCCAGACCAGAAUGUGAAUACUAUAGAUGCAGAGGCAGAGGAGAUUGGGCCUGAACCAGAGUUGGACCUUCAACCCGUCACUGCUGAGCCAGAGCCCCUCCCAGACCUACAGAAUGAUGUAGCUCCACUUCCCGUGUCCCGGGACGAGCCCCAGGAGGUGCUAGUGUCCCCCUCCCCUGAUCAAGUCCUGGCUUCAGUCCACGUGCCCUCAGAAGCUCCAGCAGCCGAGAUCCCCAGUGAUAGUGAGGUCACAGACCCCCCCAGCCCUCCCUCAGCUCAGAGCACACCCCCACAUGAAGCUGAAAACACGCCUACCUCAGAGACCGGCACCCCGCCUCCACCCACCAGUGCAGAGCGGGUUGCCAGUGAAGGAGAUGAUCUCCCAGUAGACAGCUUUGUCUUUGCAGAGCUCUCUGACUCACAGUGCAGGGUCAAUGCCCCUGAACUGGCAACCUGUGAAAACCUCCCUUUUGGCAGCCCUGUGCCCAGUGUGGAUGAAGCUGGACUAGACGACGAACAUGAGCAAACAUCUGGGACUAAGUCUGAGGUGCCGCCUGCUCCAGGCCCAGAGGAGCAGCAGCAGGAGGGUGACACUGGGCUCUCAGAACAUCACCUGGAGGCCAACUCAUCACAAACCCCCACAGAACAGAAGGCUGGAGAUGCCAGUAUUGCCAGGGAAACGGAUCCCUCUGUGCCCACCAAAGAAGACAUCCCAACCUUUGACGAGUGGAAGAAACAGGUUAUGGAGGUCGAGAAGGAGAAGAGUCAGUCUCUUCACACCUCGACUAGUAGCAGCCCUCAUCCUGUGAAGAAAGUGCAGAGCAAAUUUAAGAAUAAUUACGCCUCUGUGGAGUGUGGUGCCAAGAUCCUUUCUGCCAACAGCGAGGCCAAGAGUACUUCAGCUAUUCUCAAAGAGAAUAUGGAUCUGUAUAUGCUUAACCCCUGCAGCACCAAAAUAUGGUUUGUGAUUGAGCUCUGUGAGCCCAUUCAAGUCAAACAGCUGGACAUUGCCAACUUCGAGCUCUUUUCAUCCACCCCUAAAGACUUCCUGGUUUCCCUCAGUGACAGAUAUCCUACAAAUAAGUGGGUGAAGCUCGGCACUUUCCACGCUCGUGAUAAGCGCACAGUCCAGAGUUUUCCUUUGGAUGAGCAACUUUAUGCAAAAUAUGUGAAGAUGUUCAUCAAGUACAUAAAGGUGGAACUUCUCUCUCAUUUUGGAUCUGAACACUUCUGUCCUCUCAGUCUCAUUCGAGUGUUUGGUACUAGCAUGGUGGAGGAGUAUGACGAGAUCGCAGAUUCCCAGGACCCCUCAGAAAGAGUAGAUUUUCUAGACGAAGACUAUGAUUAUCCUCCAGGUUAUCAACCAUCCGAAGACAAGGCUUCUAAAAACCUCCUGGGCUCAGCUACCAAUGCCAUUCUUAACAUGGUAAAUAACAUUGCUGCUAACGUUCUUGGUGGAGGGCCAGAGAUGGAGGGUGGAGCAGAAAAUGGUAAUGCAUCAAGUGAGGCCCAGAAUGAAGUUGAUGGAAGUAAAGAGGAUUCCUCUCAGCAUAUUGCAAGCAUCCAACCCUCUGCAAUCCUGGAGCCUGGACAGUCAGCCCAUUCUGAAGAAAAGAUCAAUACGACUCAGUCCUCCACCCCCCCACUGACCCCCCCUGAGCCUGUGGAGGAGAGGCAGAUCGUGACUCUGGUUGAGGAGGAAGAGGAGGAGGAAGAGCCGCAGCGAUCCACAGUGACACUGAUGGAGGAGGAGACUGAGGAAGAGGAGGAGACGAGGGAGGAGCAGGGCAGGAAAGAGGCUGAUCGAAACCAGUGGGAGAGCCAGGCAUACUGUCCCUUCUCCUCUUUCACCUCCCUCUCUCUGUCUUGUAUGGCCACACUGCCCGAGCUUCUGCACCGCUGGUGUUCGGCCCGAAUUUCUAAAGAAAGACUCCGCAGUGUACGCAGGAGGAAUCACACACACAACCACAGCUCCACUUCACCCACACACACCCCUGUCCUUGCACCUGUCACUCCCCCUUCACAAGACAUCCUCCCUGUCACAGAAAUUGUUCCAGAACCAGAGACACACGAGAGUGACGUUACAAAUGAUGUGCUCACAGCUGAAAUCAACGACACACACACUCCAGAUUUCAACCUUCUCCUCGAACCAAGUCAGACCUCCUCCAUCCCACCGCAGAGCUUUUCAGACAGUCACAGCUCCCUCACGCGGCCCACGCCCACCAAUGAGGACAAGGUUCUACCUCCAGUCAAAGACUCCGCCCUGGACCCUCUCCCCACCCCUCCCAUCCAGGCUGUGUCCAUCCCAGAGACACAGCAGGCCAGCAGAGCCACCCCGACCCCCAUUCUCAACUCCACGCCUCAAUCCGUGGCAUCAGAGGCACCUUCAUCGGCUUUUGCUCCUUCGGUGAAAGAGCAGCCGAUCCAACCGUUACCCACUGCCUCGCGACCUGAGGACAUGAUAGCACCACCAACUGGACUACCGGCUCACCUGCCCACAACUGACUCUCAUACAGACGCCGACAAGGCAGAGCAGUCCUCUCAGAGCCACGGGGAUCAUGGGGACCCUACCACUCAAAAUGGAGAAGCCCACCACAAUGAUCACACAGUUGAAGAUGACCUUUUAAACGGUGCGGGCAAUGGGAAUGGUCACCGAACAGCCACAGACUUCUAUGCAGAGCUGCAGAAUGGGGGUGAUUAUAAUGGUGGGCCAGUGAACGGCAAUGGAGGAGCAGUCCAUGGGUCCAGUCAGAAAGAAAGCGUCUUUAUGAGGCUGAACAACCGGAUCAAAGCACUAGAGAUGAAUAUGAGUUUAUCCAGCAGAUACUUGGAAGAGCUCAGCCAAAGGUAUCGCAAACAGAUGGAAGAAAUGCAAAGAGCUUUCAAUAAGACCAUCAUCAAACUUCAAAACACAUCACGUAUUGCAGAGGAGCAGGACCAGAAGCAGACUGAGUCCAUCCAGAUUCUGCAGAACCAACUGGAAAAUGUGACUAAAUUAAUGCUCAAUCUCACCGCCACUGUCAGUCAGUUACAGAGAGAGGUAUCAGACCGACAGAGCUACCUGGUGGUGUCUCUGGUCUUGUGCUUGUUUCUGGGUAUCAUGUUGUGUAUGCAGUGCUGCAGGAGCUCUCCUCCAAGCCCCAACAUCAGCACUGUGGCCCUGCCCAAGAGCAAUCACUACCCCAGCCCCAAGAGGUGUUUUUCCUCCUAUGACGACAUGAGUAUAAAACGGAGGGUGGCAUGUCCACUUGUCCGCUCCAAGUCUUUUCACUUGUCUUCAACAGAAGUUGGUCCAGAUGACUUGUACAUUGUAGAACCUUUAAGAUUUUCUCCAGAGAAAAAGAAAAAACGUGGCAAGACCAAGUCUUUGGACAAAGUGGAGACACUGAAUACAGACCAUCCCGCUCCACUGAUUAAUGGUGUUCUCAAGUGCAAUGGCUUUCAUCCAGCUUUACCUGCUCCUGUGGUGCCUCCUGCUCUUCCUGCUCCGCCCCCACCCCCCCUGGCACUGCCCCCCUCCCCAGUGGAGGAGGUACUGUUACUGCCCCCUUGUCCCACUGUAGAGAUCCCAUCGGAGAGCAGCAGCUGCAGCUCGUCCCACUCAGAGGAGUCCUACACCAGCCGCCUGCCCCCUCCCUCACCUGUGCUGCCCCCUAAUGGCCUCUGUAAUGGCCACAGUCUGCCCUUCGCCCUGCACCAGCCCUCUAAAACCCGUCAGGAGAAGCGCUCGAUGAAGAGGCGAAAAUCCAAGCAGACAGAGCUGCCGUUCCCGUCACUGCCAAGAGGUGGCGUCAGCUCUCUGCCCAAUCUGCAGACGCUCAUUAAAGGAAACAAGGACAUUAGUGUUGGGACCAUUGGAGUGACCGCUGUCACUGGACAUGUCUGAGGCCUCACAUUCAUUUAAUGAAAACUUGAACACUGUACGGUAGCAGACAGGAGAUAAAUCUGGCUGCAACCAAAGACCCACAACUCCCACAAUCACACAGACAAACUGUGAGGGUGGACACAGUAGCUACAUUGUACUGGCCAAAACAUGUCAAACAGUUCAUUUUGGUUAUGUGCCUUUAUAUCUACCUUUAAGUAGAAACAUUUAAAAUGAGGUGAAACAAAAUGAAACUGUGGUGGGGCGAACAACAUUCAUGAAGUCAGACCCAUUGACAUCCACAGAAGCUCAGAUUGAGGAGGCUCUGGAUUCACAGACGUGUCAUUCCUUCAUACAUGGGGGUUUAGGAGAGGCUGCUCUUUUUAGAUUCAAAGUGUCAUACCAGUUGCAUGGAACUUAACUAUAACAACAACUCUUCUGUUUUUGACUCUUAUCUGUUUCUUUCUUCCUCUCAUUUUAGUGUUACCUCCUGGCACUGCUCCAGGGCUGUAUGGGACCACAGUGUCAAGCCUAUCUCUGUUCUGUCUGUCAGUCUUGUCCAAACCAACCAUAAGAGCUGAAUGAAGAAAACUACCUUUGUGUGAAUGUCGUAGAACUUGUGGUUUAGCUUCAGCCCUGUGUUGUAAAUACAUAAGCAGCAGCAGAUAUCAGGUUGUAUAGAUGAGAUAUUUUUUUCACUAUGAAGGAAGGCAAGGUAUAUUUAUAAACUUUUUUUCUUUACUCUUUUCUUAUUGUUAUUUUGGGUUGAUUGUUUGACGUCUCACUAUUGCUGCACUUACAAAAUUAUUUCAUGUUUACACUUUACUUUUUACACAGAAAAUUACUACUACUGGGACCCUGCAGAUGAGACCACAGUUAUUUAUUUAUUUAUUUACAGAGGAUUCUAUAAGUAGGCGCUGGCUUGCCAGUCUCCUAAACCUGCAGGGUCUCAGUAGUUCAAAACAUACAAUAUGGUACUCAAACAAUGUGAACAGGAGUGGUUUAUUCAUCUUUCUAAGUCUAUAGUCCUGCUGCAGCUGUAUGCGUCUGCUUGUGUUGUCUGGGAAGGGCUAAAGCUAGCAUCUCUUCUGAGUGUGUGUACCAUUUUAAACCUUCAAACCAUUUCUUGGCCAUCUUACUACAACAUUCAUUUAAUACUGUAAGUUGGCCAUAGAAGGAGUACUACGUUAGAAUAAUAACGUUUUAAUAUAUUUUCUCUUUCCAAAUUGUUGGCAUUUCUGAUUGCUCUGUUUGGUUGGACAUGAUCUAGUUUGCAGACUUCACAAAUCUCUCUCCUGCCUCUUACUGAGACAUUUCUUCUGAUGCUUGCAAUCAGUUUUUAUCUUUCUAUUUUUCUCCUACACGUCUUCAUCUAUAAGUCAUAGUGAAGGUCCAUUGCAUGAAUUUUCUGUAACUGUGAAACAUUUUAACAGAUGUGCUUUUAAAACCACUUUUAGCUUCUCAGGCUGGGUCUUUUUUUUUUCAAACACUUAUCCAAGCUUUUAUCAACUCAUCAUUGCUGUUUCGCUCAUGUGUCUGCCCCACCUUGAAUGAAAUACUAUGUUCUUAAAUAAAGGGAAAGAUUGAGAUUAAUUAGGAACACUAUUAACAUGAUUUUAUGUUCCACAAAUCCAAAUGUUUUACUUGUUUUGAAUGUUUAUGAUCUUUUAUGUGUAUGUUUGUUCGAAUUGUAUGUCUGCAUUUGGUUGUGUGUCAGUAUGCGUGUUUCUCUGUGUUAAGAGAAGGACUACUUUAAAAUGUACUCAUUCUGAAAGACUUUGGAGAGGAAUUUAGGAGUUCUUUGGCACUUUGUAUGACUCCCCAUGCCUUUUUGUUUUGUUUUAAAAGCUUAAGUGCUAUAAUUUCUUUCUAUAUGAUUUCUGUCUUCUUGUGUAUGCAUUUUUAUUUCUGUCUACUCUUGAGAGCUGCACAGUAUUUUGGAGCACGAGUGAGUUACUACAAAAACUGUAGUGCCAUUAGAAACUGUGAAUUUCUAAAUAAAACUUUUUUUUUUGUUGUCUUUAA